UACAGUCGUCGCCUAUUGACCUGUGAAGGGAAGGCGGAGGAAGAGUGAAAACCUAAAACCGAGGGGGGGUUCGGGAUGUGGAGGAGACCGGCUUUAUUCAGUUAUUGGAUUCCUUCGCACUUCUGCAAAGCAUUCAGCAACUCCAUCGAUCUUCACUGUCACAAUCUCCAUCAACAGGUUUCAGCGGUUGAUGCUUCUAAACAACUCAGACCUUUUAUAACUUUUGUGCUUGGAGGUCCUGGUAGUGGCAAAGGCACACAAUGUGCCAAGAUAGCAGAAAUGUUUGGAUUUGCGCAUCUAAGUGCUGGAGAGCUGUUGCGAAAAGAAAUUUCAUCUGGUUGUGAAAAUGGAGAAAUGAUUCUUGAGAUUAUUAAAGAAGGGAAAAUUGUUCCAUCGGCAAUCACUGUUGACUUAAUUCGCAGGGAAAUUGAGUCGAGUGAGAAUCGAAAAAUUUUAGUUGAUGGCUUUCCGCGAACCACUGAAAAUCGUAUUGCUUUUGAAAGCAUGACUGGAGUAGAACCAGACUUGGUUAUUUUCUUUGACUGCCCGGAAGAGGAAAUGGUGAAGCGUCUGCUAAGUCGCAAUCAGGGCAGAAUUGAUGAUAAUAUCGAGACAAUCAAGAAACGCCUUGAAGUUUUUGAUAAGUUAAAUCUUCCUGUUAUUAACUACUACUCUAGCAAGGGAAAACUUCAGAAGAUUAAAGCAAUUGGAACAAUGGAAGAGAUUUUUGAUAUGGUUUACCCUGUAUUUGCUUCUUUAAGGCUUGAGUAGCAAUGCCGGCCUCAAAGAAGCUGAGUUAACUCUAAGAAGAGCAUGGUGUUGAUCAUUCAGGUUCUGUUUAGGGGAUAAAUCUCUCUUGUUUCAGAAGCAAAUACAAUAAACAAGCCCAUGCACUUUCUCUCUCUCCAGCAGAAGAAUAAUAUUUUUGAUGAAUAAUUUCUCAGAAAGCACAUGAUUCUCUUAAAACUUCUUUCAGCCAACUUCAUAAUCAUAUUGAAGAAGAAAGAUCAUUAAUCAUAAACAGGUGAUUACUGCUUAUAUGCUGCAGCGAUUGAAAUGUGGGAACACUAACACUUGUCAUUCUUAUAUUAGAUUUUAAUUGUGUCAGGAGAAGUUUUUAGUUCAUCUUCAACCUAUUAUUCUGUAAUUGAUCAACCAUCAAGUAAACAACGGCUAUUUGGUUGUAUGAAAUCAUAUUUGAUAUGAUUCAAGGCAUGUAUUGUUCUCAUAAAAUCAAAAGUAUAAUGAAAUUGUUCAAAAUCCAGAGUGAUUUUGGUUUAAUGGUGGACUGCAUACCAUCCAUUCAA